AACAUAACUGGCCAUCGAGGGUGUUACGUUAAGGCUCUGCACAGAAUAACAAUAUCGGACCAACCACUGUGGUAACUGCGACAUUAUAAAUACAAGUGGCCGUGUGGAAGGCGGCAGACUUGUGUUGUGAUCGUACGCCAUUGCCGGCGCGAAACGCGGGAAAAUUUGACAAGCAGCCAUGUUUCUUUUGAAGACCCUCAUCCUCUGUGCGGCGUGGUUGACCAUCCACUGCCAGAGUCACAACGGCCCCACCACCACGCCAGUCCCUAUCCUGAAGCAAAUCAACCGGCAGAAUGACGACGGGUCCUACAGCUACGGGUAUGAGGCUGCUGACGGCUCCUUCAAGAUCGAGACGAAGUACCCGAAUGGUGACGUAGCUGGGAAGUAUGGAUAUGUUGAUGAAAAUGGCAAGACCAGGGAGAUAUCGUACGGAGCCAGCAGCCAAAGAGGUUUUGAGCCACAAGGAGCCGGCAUCAUGGUCCCCCCUCCGACCCUUAACCACAGCCCCUCUAACGCUUUGACUGAUGGCCAAGAGGACGAUGGCCAGUACCGCGAGGAUCCCAGCAUCUACGAGGACCCGAAGUACAACAGCCGCGCGCAGCCACGCCCAGCACCCCUCAGGCAGUACCACCAGUCUGAGCCAGCCCAAGCGCCAGUCCGCUACACGCAGCCUGCCCCCACCGCUGCACCAGCACCCCAAUACACUCAGUACAGACAGCAACAGCCCGUCUACACUCAACAGACCAACCUCUUCAACCAAGCUCCUCAGCAGUUCCCGUCUCAAAACCAAGAAGUUCGUCCUCAGAGUCAGGUGUACCACCAGCAGCCUCAGUUCUCGUACCAAGCGUUUACUCCUCAGCCGUACCAGAACUUCCAGAGCCAGAACUUCCCCGCCCAAACUUUCCAACCUCAGUACCAGCCCCAGCAGAACUACCAGGCUCAGAACCAGAACUACAACCCGUUCUUCGGGCACCCCGCCCAGAACUUCGACCCCAGCUCCGGAUCUUACUCCAUUAACUUCACUGGUUAAGAAUUGAUGUUGUUAUUUAGUUUAAGAGUUAGCUAGUUCAGGGUGCAGAGAUAGACAAACUGGGUACUGAAAAUUCUUGGAUCUGAUCCAUAUACCAUAUUCGCCUGGUGUGAACAUGGUAUAUUGCUACUCCAGUUUAGACCCAUGAGAGAAGCCUCGUGGGUGUGUAUUCGAAUCUCUCUUGCAUCUCUCUCAGAUCUGAACAUUUCCAAAUGAUCUUGUCCUUUUCCGACACUUGUGCUGUAUGUACAUAUAUUCGUGCUGUGGUUUGUGUAUCUCAACACUACUUGCUAAUAUAAUUUUGUACAAAACAUUCAAUAUUUAAGGGUAUAUCCAAAGUGACGAACAAACCUUUUUUACCAUUUUUGUAUAUUAUUAGUACUAGUCAAUUACAUCGAUGUUCAAAUAAAUUUUGAAGGAAGGCUUUAAUGGU